UCCACUUCCACGAAAACGCAACUGUCAACGUGACAAUCGCGCAGUGGUGCCAAAAUCGCUCGCUAAGUCACCAAAGGCAGGGAGAAAGUGGCGAAACCAGUUUCCUUUAGCCCAAAUUAUUAUGUAACACUCAUUUUGGGUCAAAACGUAUUAUAUGUGCAAUAAUUCAAGAGUGAAAAUGAAAGUCGAUUAGUUUUAAUUUAUUAGCGAUGUUUUGGCAAUCCUGAGUGGUUGCGUCAACGUGAUGCGCAUUUUGUCAAAAUAUUGUCAUUUUUAAUUGGCAAAAUAUUUCGGAAAAUUUUGCGUUUCAUUAGUGCUUUCCACCGAUUUUUGUUUAGUGUUUGUGUAAGCGGUUAAGUAACCACGUUACAUGACCGUAUUAUGGUGCAUAUAUGAGGUGUUGUUACGGUCCUGAGUGAAAAUUUCAACCCCUACAUUCCAUGGGAUCUUACACUUCGAGGAGAAUGGAAGAAAAUGAUCUGAACUCGAGAUCUGGGUCCGAAGACGAUUCUGAUUACGAGACUGAACAUCAGUAUGCAGCCUUGCUGCAAAGUUUGAUAAAUAGUGGUCAAGUGGAGAUUAUGGACGCAGAUUAUCUCACAGAUGGUCCCAAAGUGCCAAAAAUUAAAUUUAAGCCAAACACUUCCAUUCUUGAUAAAAGCGAAUUUUCAUUGUCGACCAAAAUGGCUUCAGGUUUAGGACAACAAAGCCGAAAAAUUACGUCUUCGCAGAAUAUAUCAGAUAUGGUUUUAAAUAGAGAAAAAGGCGUGUGUUCUUAUAGGAACUUUUCAUACGCCGAAAAAUGUAGACUAAGCAAUAGGUUUUUGCCAAAUAGUAUGUCGGUGUUGUCUUUUUACAAUGGGAAAGUGUUUUGUGGUAUUUUCUCGAAAGAUGGGAAAAUGUUCAUAACCGCGUCUCAAGAUCGACAAAUCCGAUUAUACAAGUCGGACGAUGCGUCCUACAAACUGUUCAAUACUCUGAGUGCAAGAGACAUAGGUUGGAGUAUAAUAGACGUUGCAAUAAGUCCCGACCAGAACCAGUUCGUGUAUUCGACUUGGUCGUCGUCUUUACAUUUAUGUUCCGUGAACGAGAGCAGCCACCAGGAGCCCCUCUCUCUCACCAACACCAGUCGCCGUUUCUGCGUCUUUUCCGUCGUAUUCUCGUCCGACGGCAAGGAGUUCCUGUGCGGUGCCAACGACGGUUCCUUGUACAUUUACGAUCUCCAGAGGCGCGGGCGGACGCUAAAGAUCCCAGCUCAUGAAUAUGACGUUAAUAGUGUUGCUUUCGCUGACGAUUCUUCCCAUAUAAUUUACAGCGGUGGAGAUGACGGUUUGAUUAAGGUUUGGGACAGGAGGACGUUGGAUGAGUCGUCGGUUAAACCGGUCGGAAAACUGGCCGGACACAUGGACGGGAUCACGUUCAUCGAUUCGAGAGGGGACGGAAGACACUUGAUUUCCAACAGCAAAGACCAGAGCAUUAAGCUGUGGGAUGUUAGGAUUUUCUCCGGGGAAAGGGCCGCCGAAAAGUCGCUCAAGGCUGUGCACGAGCAGACGUGGGAUUAUAGGUGGCAGCAGGUUCCUAAAAGACUGUUUACUUCCAAAGACAAACUAGAAGGCGACACAUCAAUCAUGACCUACCGAGGCCACGUCGUAAUAAAAACCCUCGUGAGGUGCAGGUUUUCACCAGUGGAGACGACGGGCCAAAGAUUCAUUUACACAGGAUCUGGGACAGGCGAUCUCAUUAUUUACGAUUCCCUUACCGGCAAAAUAGAGGAAUUUGUUCACGGACACAAGGCCUGCGUUAGGGAUGUGGCGUGGCAUCCUUACAGAAACGAAAUACUCACAUCUGCCUGGGAUGGCAGAGUUGGCCGAUGGACUUACGUGGACAAAGACGCGUUACAUCAAAACGCUUGUGAGAGAAAUCGCCGGUCCAAUUACGGGCCAAAGCCACAAUCCGCUCUGACGCCGCCAAGACGCAGUGAGCGACUCGCUUUAAAAAAGCAGUUGAUGGGUGCGGAUUGAGUUAGUUAUGCAUGCAUUAAAAUCAAAUUUUUUAAAGAUAUUUUUAUGGAGUAAUUUGAGAUUUGUAAGAGUACAACUAAAAAUACAAUAAAAACAAUUAAACUAA